UUGGCCAGUGCCGUUACCGGAAAAAUAAAAAUUUUUCAGGCCCAUCGACGCGUAAUUGGCUUUAUUGGGGUCGUUCAAGCAACAGCAGAAAGCGAGCAGCAAAUUGCUUCUCAGCAUGUUCCAGACGAAACGCCUAACAUAAGACCAGAAAGAAAAUAUUCGGAUACUUUAAGGUUGAAAACAACGGAUUUUUCAAGGAUCAAGGAGCAAUAUGAUUCGUCGAAAGCUGAAUAUGAAGCAACUGUGGUCGAUGCGAGAUGUAUUGUUAUUGGCUAUCCUGAAGAAUCACUGGAAGGGCUGUGGUCUUCUCGAGAAUUGUUUUGUUUCAAAAACCUCGACGAAGCUGAUGCACUCGAAGUGGGCAUACGGGAUUUUUUACGUUCCAUAUAUUACGUGUUGGAAAGUCGUCGGCUUGAUCUUUCAUUUGAAAAGUUGGACUGUCCUCCGUGUCCAGUGAUACCGGCUGAACAGAAGUAUCGCCAGGGUUUGGAAAACAAGAAUAGCAAAAUCUACAGGCUAGUUUGA